AUGGACCCGGUGCUCGAGGCCAACCUCAUCGACGGCGAGGAACAUGGUCUACACGACAAUCGUGACCUACAUGACAGCGAGGAACACGGUCUACACGACAAUCUUCACCUACACGACGGCAUUGAGACCUUGCAUAUUGACGCCACCACUGCUGUGACUGUCGAGGACACCAACCCCUGGCGUUCAUCCGCAAGUUCUGACUCGGAUCCUGACCCUCACGACUUGCACACCCCGGAUCCCUUACUGCUCGAUACCCAAACAACACAGGGUCUCGCCUCGGAGGUUCAGCGGGAGAGACGGCCGCCUACGAACGCAGAGGUGUUGCUAGAGUUUGAUCCCCUCGCGAGCCAGGAAGAGAAGGCUGCAAGGGAGGCAUGGGCAAGUGCCACUCCCCAUCCGCCACCACCUCCAGUACCUCCAGCGAAAGAUAUUUCCCCUGAAGCAGCCUUACCUUCACUGCCGUCGACAUCGAGCAGGUCAUCUUCGCCCAUCCCCGCCUUUCCGUCUCUCGCAGCACUUGCGCGGACGUUCUCCAUCCCGCUGGGGCCUCGCAGGGACCGCCCACGUUCUCUGGACAUGGCCACAUCAGUCCCAUCACCUGCGACGCUCUCAUCCUUCGCUGCGCAGCAGUCCGCACCGCCAGUGCCAUCGCCGAUGCGGAAAGCGGUAGAGAACGAGGCGAAGGCGAACGGCAGCGCAUCUGUGGCGGGGAGCGGGCGCAGCACGCCCUCGUUAGUGUCGAAGGGCAAGGACAAGGACGAAGUGCCGUUCGACUUUCAGAAUUUCCUAGACCAGAUGAAGCUCAAGGGCGCGGAGCCGGUCGCGAAGUACCUUCGUUCGUUCUUGAGCAACUUUGCGAAGCGGACGUUCACGGUGAACGACCAGAUCAAGCUCAUCAACGAUUUUCUGAACUUUAUAUCCGCACGCAUGCAUGAGUCGGAGGUCUGGCGCAAUGCGAGUGAUGCUGAGUUUGACAAUGCCAUGGAAGGCAUGGAGAAGCUGGUCAUGAAUCGGUUGUACGACUUCACGUUCACGCCGCAAGUCGCUCACAUGGUUCCGCCACGGCCUGUGACGGCAGACGACCUGGAGCGGGACCGCGUCCUCGCUCAGCGGAUCGCGUUGUUCGGGUGGAUCGAACCGAGGCACCUAGAUUUACCUGAGGGCGAGGGCAGCGAGGGCUUCUUGAUGUUCGCGCAGCAGGAACUGCUGAAGGUUAACCACUACAAGGCGCCACGGGACAAACUGAUCUGCAUUCUGAACUGCUGCAAGGUCAUAUUUGGUCUGAUUCGGCAUUUGCACAAGGAGGAGGGUGCGGAUACGUUCGUGCCUAUACUCAUUUACGUCGUGCUCAAGGCCAACCCGCCACAUCUAUUGUCGAAUGUCGAGUUCAUCAAUCGCUUCCGCAACCCGGCGAAGUUACAGAGCGAAGCGGGUUAUUAUCUAUCUAGUUUGAUGGGUGCUGUCUCAUUCAUUGAGACAAUGGACCAUACGUCGCUCUCGAACAUCACGCAAGAGGAAUUCGAGCAGAACGUGGAGACGGCCAUCCAGUUGCUCCCUAAUAGCCCUGUUCCAACACCAGGGACUGUUACGCCACCAGUCCCGACGACACCCUCCGGAGCAGCGCUCACCACCGCGUCUCAUGCGGGCGAGGAGUCGGCACAACCGCUCUCACUGCCGACACCCGCGCAAACUCUAGGUGAUGACGCGCGGAGGUUCUUGCAGAAGACGGGAGACACGAUCUCGAAGCCGCUCGGCGCGAUCAGCCGGAUAUUCAGUGAGGUGCUCGACGGCGCAGAGGAGUCGUUCACGCUCCCCAGUCCGUUUGCGCAACAGGCUGAGGGUGUGCCUCAGACACCACUGGGGGGCGAGACACAGCAGAGGAGCACGCCGUUGCAGACACCAUACAAGCCGCGUGUGCGUCGGGUGCCUUCGCCGUUGUCGUCUGCGCGCUCGUCUGUAUCGUUGCAGUCAGGGUCGCCGACGCGGGAGGAAACGCCUACACGACAGGUGCCAUACACGAACAGGCCGCUCUCAUUGGGGCCGUCCCAAAGUACGGCGUUACUUCAGCCGUCGUCGCCCCGACGGGAUUUGCGUGGGCUUUCUCCGCAUGUGUCGCGCACCCCUACUCCCAGCCUCGACCUCACGGGGAUCCAGGAAGAGAUUGACCGUGCGACGGAGAAGGCUGCGGUCGCUGCGCGAGAGACGCUCCGGCAGAUCUUCCCGCAGACAGAUCCGGAGGUUGUGGAAUGGGUGUUGGAGGCCAACGAGGGGGAUCUGGGGAAGAGCAUCGAAGCUCUUUUGGAGGUGAGCAGCGGGACCUAA